AUGGACCCCGGCUGGACACUGCUGCUGCUGCUGCUGGCGUCCAUCGCAGUGUCGCCGCCGGGCCUGGCGGUGGCCACGGGGACCCGAGAGAAGCUAUGCGGCCACCACUUCUUGCGGGCGCUGGUGCGGGCGUGCGGGGGACCCCGCUGGGCCCCCGAGAGCGGCCAUGGCCACCGUGACCUGUGGCUGGAGGGACGUCCACCCCUCGGACAGGUGGCUGAAGAUGGACACCUCGCGCUGGGACCCGGUCCCCAACCCGGUCCCCAGAGUCCUCACGGCCACCGCCACCGCCGCGCAGCCGUCGCCAACCCCGCACACGGCUGCUGCCUGGUCGGCUGCACCCAGAGUGACCUGCUGGGGCUCUGUCCCCACUGA